CUCUGCUCCUGUUUCGUACAUAUCCCAAGGAGAGACAGAGACAGAGACGGACAGGGACAGGGACUGCGUUUGGGUUGGUUUUAUAGAAAACAUCCAACUUUUAAUGCAUUAAACAAAGGUUGGAUUUGAACAACACCCCCAUCAACUAAUGGCAAAAUGCGGUUGCUUUUCCAAUGUUUGUCAGUCAACUCGAUCGCUGUUUAAUCCUAAAGCAAGAGGCUAAAAUGAAGCAACCAAGGAAAACGCAAAGGAAAAGAAAGGGACAGUUGUAAUGGAAAAAAGGAAAAAGGAAAACGGUAAGUGGGGGGCAGUGGGAUAUAGUCUGAAGCUCCGGGGUAAAUGAACAGAAAAAGUAAACAGAGUUGGUAGUUGCAGUAAAAGCUUAAAGCGUACAAAGUUUUUCAGGUGCAGGCAGGCAUUUAGCUUCAGACUCCAACUCUUUUAGUCUGUCUCAUACAUGCUUGUAAAUAAAUUUCCUUUUCCUUUUGUUUUGUUUAUUAUUUUCGUUGCCUUUAUCUUGUGGAUUUCCGUAGAGAUGUCAGAGACAAGGGUUGGCAGGCAGAACCAGAAGCUGCAGAGCGUUGCAGUCAUAAUAUUAUGAGCAGAGAGAGAAAGAAACAGAGGACUGAGGAGUGAGCAUCCGGCAUUAUAAUCAGAACCAUUAGUUUUAAACAUUCACACAAGAUUCUGCACCCCCCAAUGGUCCCUCAAAUAAAUAUACCUAUUCCACUCCUCCCUGGCCCUUCAACAUUUCUCCUUCUUCUUCACUGAAGAAAAACUCAAGAAAUGAGCGCACGAAACAGGCUCCCAUUCACUGCAGCUCAAUGGCAAGAGCUAGAACACCAAGCCCUCAUCUUCAAGUACAUGGUCUCCGGCAUCCCCGUCCCUCCUGAUCUGCUCUACACCAUGAAGAGAUCCUCUUUGGACACUCCUUUCAUUUCCAGGCUCUUUCCCCACCAAUAUCCAGACGGUAACACUUCCUAUUCUUCUGUUUUGACCCGUAUCAUUCAUUAUGAUGCCCAAGUUUUGGGUUUAUAUUGUGUGUGUGCAGUUGGAUGGAACUUCGUGCAGAUGGGUUCGGGGAGGAAAAUCGACCCAGAGCCUGGAAGGUGCAGAAGAACAGACGGCAAAAAAUGGAGAUGCUCCAAAGAGGCAUAUCCAGAUUCUAAAUACUGUGAGAGACAUAUGCACAGAGGCAAAAACCGUUCAAGAAAGCCUGUGGAAGUUUUGAAACCGACAGCAACAAUAACUGCUCUAACCUCUAAUCCAUCUACCCCACCCAUCUCCUCCAUCACCCACAACUCCACCGCUUCACUCAGCACCAACUCAUUUCCCUCUGAAAUCCAUACCCAUUCUUGUUUCAAUACUCCUCCUCCUCCUCACCCUUUUCUCUAUCAACAUGGCUCCUUCUCUAGGCCCCCUGGUUCUGCCCAUUUUCAGCACAACUCCAACCCAUCCUUACUUCUGGACCCUCCUGCAGAUUACAGAAGAAAUAGGUAUGUCUAUGGGGCGAAGGAAGAUGUUGAUAAGCAUCCAUUUGUAUCAGAAGAACAUUCUGGGAACAUGAGAGGCUUCUCUGCUUCGUCUAUGGAAGAUCCCUGGCAGCUAACUCCUCUGACAAUGAGUUGUUCUUCCUCAUCCCCCAGACACAAGAACUGCUCAGCUUUACAAGGUGACUACUCUUCUUACUUGCAGCUGCAGAGCUUUGGCGGUUCCCCUAAGCAAGUGAAGCAAGACGAGCAUUACUACGCGGUGGGAAAAUAUAAUGAGAUGCAGAGUAAGAUGGACAGGGAGAAACCGGAGAAGACUAUGCAUCACUUCUUUGGUGAAUGGUCUCCUAAAGACAGGGAGUCGUGGGUUGAUUUGGAUGAUAAGUCAUCCAAUACUGGCUCAGUUUCUGAAACUCGGCUUUCAAUGUCUAUUCUUAACUCGUCGCAGCAUGACUUCUCCUCCAUUUUCGGUUCCAAUAAGCAUAAUGAAAACUGAUGACCUUUUUAUCUGAUUCCAUUGUGCAUUUAGUGAGAAACAAGGAAAGACUUUUGGUUUGUAUUUGGGAUCCAUGACCCAGCUGUUACCAAAAUGCAUUACAAAUAAGUUUUGUUUGUUUGUUUGAUUGAUUUUCUUUGACGACUAAUGUCCAAAAAUGUAAAGUGAAAGAAAUGAAAGGGUAGUGUAUGCAUGGGGUUGAAGGGUAAGUGGAUUUGUUUGUAUGUUUGUUGAAGUUGAAGUUGAAGAGAACAGUGGUUAGUUCCAUAAAAAGGAUCCAAAGAGUGUGUUUGAAUGCGGUGUGCCCCAUCCACUUCAAUGCAUAAAUAGUUAGAUGAUGAAUGAUGUGUCAGAGAGGUCUGAUAGAAUGCUAAGGUAAGCGUCCUGGCCAUCUGUCUUCUGGGCUUGGCUCAACCUUCUAUGUCUGUUGUCUUGUAAUAAUAAUAAUGGGAGAGGGCC